UUGUGCGUGCAUUGGAAAUGUUUCUGGAGAUAUGUUCUGACAUAUUCUGUUCUGAAGGACCCUGAUUUCUAUACCUUGACGGACUACCACCCAGAGGAUUUUCAAUCGGAAACCACUUCUAUCACCUCUUCAAUCGCGCGAGGUCGAUUGGAAAAUGGCCGAAGAUACCAGGCUAUGAAGGACGACUAUUGGGGUCCAUCUGAUGAACAGCAAUUCGAGGCAUUCGAGAUAGGCCAUAUGCUCUUCUUGAUUUUAGAUCACAAUGAGCCCAACCCGCUGUUCCGUGCCCCUAUCGGCGAACAGCCAAAGCAAAUUCUAGAUAUCGGAACGGGAAAGGGAAGCUGGGCUGUAGACGUUGCAGAUUUAUACCCAAAUGCAACUGUCCGCGGUGUUGACAUAUUUCCCCCUCCCGUGUCUUGGGUGCCUCCAAAUUGCGUGUUCGAAGUUGAUGAUGUCCUCCGAGAGUGGACGUGGCGAGAACCUUUUGAUUUCAUCCAUCUACGCCUAAUGUACGGAGCAUUUACCUCUGAGGAAUGGGAUCAGGUGUACAAAAGAGCCUAUGAUGCUCUUCAACCGGGUGGUUGGAUUGAACAAAUGGAGCUUGAUGUUAGAGUAUUUAGUGACGAUGGCACCUUGACGACUGACAAGGCUCUUCAUGGAUGGGGUGAUAUGUUCAUCGACUGCUCUGAGCGGGCUGGACGGUCGCUCAGAACUCAAGAGACAAUGCGUAGCACUCUGGAGAAAGCUGGAUUUGUGGAUGCCCAGGAGAAGCUUUAUAAGAUCCCCCCUCGGCCCUUGGGCAAAGGACAAGCUGUUGAAAGAAGCCGGACAACUCCAGAAUACCCACUGGAACACGGCCUUGGAGGGGAAGAAGUGCAGGUUUAUCUGGCCAAGGUACGCAAAGAGCUUCAAGACCCUCUGUUACACGGUUAUGAACUAGCCCGCCGUGUAUGGGCCAGAAAGCCCACCUUGGGCGAGCGUAAAGCAGACAAAACACCAAGCGAGGUGAAACCGCCUUCAUGA